UUAGCUGGAGGAGACUGUUCCCGGCUUUCUUCAUGUUGCCCAUUUUAUUCUCUGCAUUUAUCCUGUCUGCUUGCUGCUUAACCAAAGGGAACUGCAUCUCCUAUGAUGAGCUGAAAGAGCUGAAGACUGAAUUUGCCAUCACUCUCUACCGGCACAUGUCUGAAGCAGAGAACAGCACCAAUCUGGUAGUCUCUCCAGCAAGUGUGGCUGUUUCUUUGGAGCUGCUGCAAUUUGGAGCUCAAGGAAAUACCUUUACUGAGCUACAAGAUGCCCUAGGAUACAGUAUUCAUGAUCAAAGCGUGCAGGAUUUCAUGCACACGGUGGACCAAGCAGUGACUGACUCCAGCCAAGGCACAGUGGUCCAGCUGGGAUGUUCCCUCUUUGUGGACGCGGGCGUGCAGCUCUUGCCCGACUUUGCAGAGCGUGCCGCGCGCUGGGCCAACAGCAGCCUGCUGCAAACCAACCUCACUGACCCCAACACCACCCACAUACAGGGAUGGAUCACCACUGACCUUGCAGAUGGGGAUGUGCGUGGGAUGACCUUGGAGAGCACUGGGUCAUCGUUCAGCCAGGUCACCCUGGUGAGCACCCUGUACUUCAGAAGCAUGUGGCAAAAAAAGUUUUCCUUUAUGGAUUCCCAGAUGUUGCCUUUCACCACACCAGAGGGCUCGACCCUGAAAGUGCCCACCAUGCACCACACAGCCGAAGUUAACUAUGGUAACUGUCCUUGA